CGGCUCGUGAAUCGAAACAACCAAUAAUUAGGUGAACCCGUCCUGCCACGUUCUUGGUUUCCUUUCGUGGAACUAACAACUAUCGUUCCAGAGGAUUGUUCCCGUAGCACCUCAUUCUAUCUUCUCCGUUAUUCUCCUGACUUGUAAGGCAGUUGGCUGGAACGUGGAGUCAUGCAUUCGAGACGCACGUCAUAGCUUCAUAUUUUUUCACACGCUGGCCAUGUCAGGACGCACAGUUGGACAUUGAAAUACCGUUCAGUUGAAGGAUCUGCGCUACACUAGAGAUUUCUCACGCAUAUUAAUAAGCUGAAUUAGAAAAAUGCGCUACCUGCUGAUAUGCGCUUUAUUGGCAGUCGUGGUGCAGCAGUCCGUUGCUCCGCCCGUGACAAAGAAUGCUAAAAAGGAGAGCGAAGAUAAAUCAUCCGAAAAUGAAAUUGAUGAUAAGGAGGAUAUGGCUGAAGUAAUGGAAUACCAUAGAUACUUGAAAGAAGUCGUUGAAGCAUUGGAAAGUGACCCAGAAUUUCGGUCGAAAUUGGAAAAGGCUGACAGCGUUGACAUUCGUACGGGGAAAAUUGCACACGAAUUGGAAUACGUGAGUCAUCAAGUACGAUCAAAGUUGGAUGAACUGAAGCGACAGGAAUUGGAAAGAUUGAGACACCUGGCGAUUAAAGAAUAUGAAUUGGAGAAUGGUCUUGAUUCGGAUCAUCUAAAGAUUGCGGAGCAUCUUGAUCACUCGAAUCCACAUACAUUCGAAAUUGAUGAUCUGAAGAAAUUAAUCGCAAAAACUACACAAGAUUUAUCCGAGGCUGAUAAGCGCAGGCGAGAGGAGUUCAAAGAGUAUGAAAUGCAAAAGAAAUUUGAACAGGAGCAGAAGAUGAAGGGUAAUACUGGAAUGGAUGAGGAACACAGAAAAAAGUAUGAAGCUGAAUUGCAUGAUAUGGAAAACAAACAUAAGAAGCAUGAGAAGCUUCAUCAUCCUGGAAGCAAGCAGCAAUUGGAGGAAGUGUGGGAGAAGCAGGACCAUAUGGCAAGUCAAGAUUUUGACCCCAGGACUUUCUUCUAUCUUCAUGAUCUGGAUGGUAAUGGCGUCUGGGAUCAGGAUGAAGUUAAGGCUCUGUUUCUGAAAGAAUUGGACAAGCUCUAUGCCGAGGGUGCUCCUGAAGAUGAUCUUCGAGAACGAGCCGAAGAGAUGGAAAGAAUGCGGGAGCAUGUGUUUAAUGAAGCUGAUUUAAAUAAAGAUGGCCUCAUAAGCUACCAAGAGUUUCUGGAGCAGACGAAAAAGCCGGACUUUCAGCAAGAUCCAGGGUGGCAGAGUUUGGAUGAGCAACAAGUUUAUUCUCAAACGGAGUACGAAGCUUUUGAGAGACAAAGACAGGAAGAAAUCCAGAGGAUGAUCGCCCAAGGAAUACUACCACCGUAUCCGGAUAAUCACGACCCUGGACACCAGCAACAGUUUCCUCCGCAAUAUGCUCCGGUACCGCACAGUGGUUCCGCACAAGAAUUCGUACCGGCUGUGGGUGCCAGAGUUCCUGAACUAGUAUCACACGGUCAGCAACAACAACAUCCACAACAAGGCCACCCAGUACCUCAACAACAUUAUCAAGGACAGCCAGCUCACUUGCAAGAUCAAGUAGCACAACAGCAACAACAGUUUCAACAGCCUCCUGUACAGCAACAACACUAUCAAGGUCAAGUUCCUCAAGGACAACACCAGUUUCAAGGGCAACCUAUUCACCAGCAACAACAGCAGCAGCAGCAGCAACACCAUCAACAACAACAGCAGCAGCAGCAGCAGCAGCAGCAACACCAUCAACAACAACAGCAGCAGCAGCAGCAGCAACACCAUCAACAACAACAGCAGCAGCAACAACAACACCAUCAACAACAGCAACAACCACUUCGUAAACCAGUCCAAGCCCAACCGCCAGUGAAUAACCAACAACUCCACGCACAGGAGCAGAAGCAGCAGCAUGUUCAAGAACAAAAUGAUCAACAUCAGCCAAUACAACACGCGCAAUCAGCACCAGUUCAGCAACAGGCACCAAUCAAUACUCAGCAACAAGUAAAUGAUCCACCGAAUUCACAAAACGCACAGAAACACGUUCCACACGUUGUUAACGUCUAACAGAAAAAAAAAUCGAAUUGAGAAAGAGGAGAGAGCAGAAGUCUGGCGAUCGUAUCAACAGUGAUGCGCACGGACUGCGGAAAUACGCGCGAGCCCGAUUAAUAUCGUAAAAGAAGUUUAUACGAGAUUAUAUAUAUACAGCGACAUGAUAUCUAUUAAAAUUUCAUUACUUCUUAAGCGGAACGCGUCUUCCUAUGUCUUUUCAAUGCAUUUCAAAUCUCGAACAAUUUCUUUUCAAUGAGAACUCUUACCCUUUUUUCCGUUAUAUCAGUUGUAUCGUGACUUAUAUGUACGUACAUGUAUGCAGCUGAUUUAUUUAUAUAAACUGUAUUGAUCGUGAUAUUGGAAAAUAUAUGGAUGAAAUCAUAUGUUA